AUGCCUGGCGCUCCUCGACGCCGCGGCGGCGGUAGCACGCGCGACUCGCGCAAAUCCGAUCGCGACGGCGACCUCACCAUGGGCUCCUCAGCCGCAGCAACACUCAAGAACCGCGAUCGCGUGGGCAAGAGCAAACCCGCGCCCAAACCCCGCAAACCCAACAACAAAGGCGAUCUCAUAAGCGGCGGCGCCCAGCGCGCCAUCCUCCGGAAAGCUGCCGAGGGUGACAUUCCCAUGCGAGAUCCUCGUGGACUGCGUGGCGCCCUGGUCGAGCUACACAUCACGGGGUGGGAGAAGAGCAAGGCGGCCAACGAUGCGGAUGGCGGGAAAAGCUCCCUCAUCAAGUGGCUGGAGAAGAAGGGCAGCCUGAGACUAGGCUCGCGCGGAAAGGAAGUCAAGGUGAAAAAGUCACGAACCGAAGCCAACAACGUCCUGGUCAUCAGCGUGCUGGAGGGAGAUGUGCCCGCGCUCAUUCGAAUGGACGGAUAUGGAUGGGCCGGAACGACCGUGGCCAUCAAGCGCGCGGGAGGAGCUGCAGCAGAGGGAGGGAAGGAGAUGUCAUCUCAGGCCAGCCAGACCAAGGCCAUGCUUCGCGGAGUCCUCGAGCGGAGAUACAACCCCGAGCUCAAGUUCCUGGAUCUCUCUGCGCUUGGACAGGAUGAAGAGCUCAAAUCACAGGAGAUCUUCAACAAAAAGUCCACCGCUAGCAAGUUCUUCCCGGCAAUGAUGGCCGUGCUCUCCGGAGUAUUCGACACUCCCGCGGAGCUCCAGACCGCAAUCAUCAGCGUGUCACUCGCCAACAACGAGCUCACCGAAGUCAGCACUGUCUCUACCCUCUCAGAGACACUGCCAAAGCUGCAGAAUCUUGAUCUCUCCGGUAACAAGCUGGAGAACCUUGCCACCCUGCAUAUCUGGCGAAAACGUUUCUACCAGCUGCAACACCUUGUCGUCACCGGUAACCCGCUCGAGCAGAACGAGCCUAACUACGCCGCGGAAUUCCUGAAAUGGUACCCGAACCUUCGCAUGUUGAACAGUGUCCAGGUACGAUCGGAAGAGGAGGUCGCCAAUAAGAACCAGAACAUCGCAUUYCCUCCCCGCAGUCCGGUGUUCCUCGAUGAAGGUGGCAUCGCUGAAGGAUUUGUUCGAAAUUGGUUCCUUGGCUUCGAUACCGAUCGUAAAGCACUGGCCGCCAUGUACUACGACGACACCUCCGACUUCUCAUACGCGCUGAACACCGCCGCACCUCGCGAUCCCGCCGCCACACAGCGAACAGAGAAGCAGGAAUGGGACCAGUACAUCUCGAACAGCCGAAAUCUUAAGAAGAUUACCCAGCUUCCUGCACGACAGAAGCGCGCAUUCCGAGGUACUCAGGCCGUCGCGGAUAUGUUUGCCUCUCUUCCCGCCACCAAGCACGCGGACCUGGCAACUGAGGCGGGCAAAUGGCUCAUUGAGGCCUCUGCACAGCCCGGAUUGCCCGACAUCACCGGCCACAGCCCAAGCGGCGUUGAUGGCUUUAACAUCACCGUCCACACAGAAUACGACGAGAUUGACCCAAGCAAUGGUCAAGUCGGCAAGAAGCGCAGCUGCGAUCACCUGUUCAUCAUCGGUCCAGGAGGCCCAACCGGUGUACGCAUUGUCAGCCACAUGUUCACCGUUCGAGCAUAUGGUGGCACCCAGGCGUUUGCGAUCACCGCUCCACCACCCGGUCCACCAUCGCCGCCGCCCGCUGUUGCUGCUGCCCCGCUAGAACCGCCAGCACAGCUCCCUGUCGGUCUCACCCUGGAGAUCGCUGAGCAGAUGGUCGUUGAACUGACCAACCGGACGAAGAUGACCUUGGAAUACUCGAAGAACUGCUUGGAGCAGACAACAUGGAAUUUUGAUGCCGCUUUGGCCGCAUUUGAGAACGUAAAGGCCAGCUUACCAGCUGAUGCCUUUGUUGCUGCAUAA